AUGGCGUUGAAGAGGUUACCGCCCUUCGAAGAGCUGCCCCUCGAUAAGCAAGGCCCUCCCGGGAACGCCUGGGGUUUAUGGGGCCCCGAUGACGAGCUGGGUAUGCUUAACCUACUCACACCAGAGACGACCGCGGCCGCUGCCCAAGAAAUCAAAGAAGGCCUGAGAAUUCGUCUGGACUGGCCUUUGGACAAGCCUGCAUUUCCCACGUUUCAGCGUCAGAGAUUCGAGCACAAGGUAUUGAAUAAGGCCCCGAUGGCUAUGAAUGAUGACGCUAUCAACAUAAAUACCCAGAGCAGCACCCAGUGGGACGGGUUUCGGCAUUAUGUGAGGAUGCCAGGUUAUCAGAGUACGAAACAGUUCUUCAUGGGCCACAAACAAGAGGACUUUAAAGCAGGAUCCACCAGGCUUGGCAUCGACGCUUGGGCACAGAAAAAGGCGGGAAUCAUAGGGCGUGGCGUGCUCCUUGACUGGUACUCGUGGGCGCAGAAGAACGACAUCAACCGAUCGCCUUUUACAACAGGCGCCGUUGAAGUCGAUCACUUGAAGUCGGUGGCUGAGGAAAACGGUGUUUCAUUCAAGUCUGGGGACAUAUUGUUCAUCCGCGUCGGCUUCACUGCGCGCUAUAACGAGCUGUCGGCAGCUGAGCAGGCCGCCUUUCCCAACAGACAGCCCGGCGGCUUGCUCGGGCUUGAGGCAACGCGGGACUCGCUCCGGUGGCUGUGGGAGAACGAAUUCGCGGCCAUCGCGUCGGACUCGCCCAGCUUCGAGAGGGGCCCGGCAACGGGGCCGUAUAAUGACCCUGACGUGAGCAUCCACCAGUGGUGUCUCGCGGGCUGGGGCUUACCCCUUGGAGAGAUGUUCGACCUAGAAGCCCUAGCGGAGGCAUGCCGGCAGAGGGGCAGAUGGACGUUUUUCAUACCAGAAGGAGUGGCAUCGCCUGGGAACGCGGUCGCUAUCUUGUAA